AUGAAUAUUAUUUUAAUUUUAAUUAUCUUUUUAUUUUUUGGAAAUUCAAUUUCAAAAUUAAUACCAUCUGAAACUGAUUGUUUAUAUAAUUUAAUAGUAUUAUCAAAAAAUGCAAAUACAUUUAAAUUAAGAAAUGAUUCAAAUUGGGGAUAUUAUUGUGAAGAUUAUCCAAAUAAUUUUAAAUGUAGUGAUGAUAAAGGUUUAUUAACAUCAUUAACAAUGAAUGGUGCCAGUGUUAUCAAAAUUGAUAGUAAUAAUUUAAAUUGUUUUCAAAAAGAGAAUUUAAUUUUCAAUCUAUCAUUAUUUUCAUUGGAUAAUAAUUUUUUUUUUCAAGGUAAUAAUUUUAAAAAUUAUUCAUUCGAAUUGAAUAAUUGUAUAAUACAAUCAAUAUCAAAUCCAAUUAAAAAUAUAGAUUCAUUGACUAUCAGUACAAAUAAUUUAUUACAAAUAGCAUUGAAUGCUUCAAUACCAGUGUCGUCAUUAAUUGAAUUGACAAGUUUCACACUUUUAAAUAAUUUACCAAGUGGUGAAUUAUAUUAUUUCUAUACAAAUGAUUUAAGUUCAACAAGUUCUAAAAGUAGGAUAAAAUCAAUUGAUAGUGUGACUAGGAAUAUACCAAGUCUAACAUAUGUCGAUAGUGUUGAAAGUGUUAAUUUGUAUUUUACAAGUGGUGUUAAAAAUGAUUUAUCAAAUUUAACAAGUUAUUUAAAUGUUAAAACUUUACAAUUGAAUGGUGGUAGUAGUGGUUUAUCAUAUACAUUUCCAAGUGAUUCAAUUAAAAGUUUAACAAAUUUGAAUACAUUAAUUUUAAAUAAUAUUCAAUUUACUAAACCAACUGAUGGUUCAAUUGAUUUAUCAACAAUGACUUCAUUGAAAAGUAUUACAAUUGUAAAUCCUGGUUUAUUUAGUACUGAUGCUAUUAAAGCUUUACCAAUGAAAUCCUUGAAAUCAUUUUCAAUAACCCAAUGUUCAAUUAAAAGUGGGUAUCCAAUUCCAGGUAUUUUCAAUAAAGCAAACUCUGUCAUUGAAUCAAUUUCAAUUACUAGUUGUGGUAUGCCUGAUAAUUUAGAUAUAGUAUUACCAUUACCAAAGAGUUUAAGAUAUUUAGAAUUAACUAAUAAUCCAUUGAAAGGAACUAUAAGUAAUCAAUUUUGUACUUUACAAACUUUAAAAUUACCAAAUUCAAUUUUAAUCAAUGGUAUUUUACCAUCAUGUUUUUCAUGUCAUUUUAAAAAUAAUGUAAUAUUAAAAUCAAAUUUAAAUCUUGCAAUAGGUGUUAUUAACAUUCAAAAUUGUACAAAUCUAAUAGCAAAUUUAAAGAUUGAUUCAAUUUUAAAUAGAACAAUUAUUUAUGGUUCUGAUUUAGGUUUUGAUACAAGUUAUUUCACAACCACACCAAGUACAAAUGAUUGGAUAGUUGAUAUACCAAGUAAUCAAUUCUAUAGAAAUUCCGUUGAUAUUAAUACAUUUACAUUCAAUUUCAUUUAUCCUUCAAUUUCAAUGACCUUAUCAACAAGUGGACCAGUGGUAACAUCAGUAUAUGUUUCAAAUGUUGGUUUAUUAACUAUUAAAGGUACUGGAUUCUCUUAUAGUAUAAGUGGUACUAUAUAUACAAUAUUGAAUGAUCAAUAUUGUCAAAUUAGAUCUACAACUUUUGAUACUAUAAUUUGUCAACUUUUCGCAUAUACAAAUAUAACCAAAACUAAAAUUGAUGCAACUAGUGUCUUAAAAAUUACUGGUCAACCAGAUUAUAUAUUCAAUGUAACUUAUUUACCAGAUUUUACAAAUUAUUAUUUAACUUGUAAUCAAAAUUGUACAGGUAAAGGAUUUUGUGAUAGAAAUUCAGGUGAAUGUAUUUGUAAUUGUCAUAAUAAAGGUAGUUGUGAUAUUAGAAAUAAAGUAUGUAAAUGCUUUACAUUUUGGUUAGGUGAUCAAUGUAUAAUUCCUGAUCAUUAUGUAUCAAGUGUUGUUGCUUCAAAUAUAUUAGGUGGUAAUGUUACGUUAAAAGGUUGGUAUGGUGAUGACCAUGUUAAUCCUUCAGUUUUCAUUGGUGGUUUAGAGUGUACACCAAUUUAUGAAAUUGGAUAUUCAUCAAUAAAAUGUUUAAUUGGUCCUGGUAGUGGAGUGAAAUCAGUUACAGUAAUUCAAAAUGGUCAUUCAUGGGCUGGUCAAAAUAUUUAUCUCUACAACAAUACCCUAUUAAAUUGUCCAAACGAUUGUACAAAUUCUACAAUGGGUAUUUGUGAUCAAAGAAUUGGCCAAUGUAAUUGUUUGAAAUCAAAUUUCAUUGGACCAGAUUGUUCAAUUGAAGUGGUUCAACAACCUCCAAAAUCAAAUACAACGGUUGAUACAGGUACAGGUUCAACCGAUUUAAAUAAUGAUAAAACAAAAUAUACAAUUAAAAUUAAAAAACUUUUAGAAUUAGAUUUUAAUAAUAACCCAGUUAAUACAAUUGAUUUAUUUGAAAAUAAUUGGAAUUUUAAAAAAAUAAAUUCUACCAGUAAUAAUAAUAAUAAUAAUAAUAAUAGUAAUAAUUUAUAUAUUUUUAAUAAAAUUGUACCAUUAAAAUGUAAUAUUACAUAUAUAAUUGAAGAAGUUGAAAAUGAUAAAGAAUUUACAUUUGCUGAUAUUACUUUCAAGGUAACAAGUGGUUCAAUUAAAUUAACAGUUGAAAUUAAUAAUUAUACCUAUAUUAGUGGUUUAAAUACAUUACAAUUACAAAUGGAAUCAUCAGUUGGUUUAACUAAAAAUGAAGAUGGUACAAUUAAUGGUCAACAAUGUGAUAUUGCAAAUAUUGAAAAUAUUGAUACUGAAAAUUCAGCAUUAAACUAUGUAACCAUUACAAAGGAUGGUACUGUAUUAUAUGGUAGAUUCAUUAAUCGUGCUUUAUCUGAUCAUCGUCCAACUUUUAUAACUUCUCAAAUCGUUGAAAAAAAUAUUAGUUCAAUCACUGUUGGUUUAAAUUUACCCCAUUGCAUAGAUUGUAUAAUUGAUCCUGAUUUUUCAAUUUUAGUUCAAAAUAAAGAAUUUAAAUCAGAUUGUAAAAGUGGUAAUAGUGAUGAUAAUGAAAGAGUUUGGUUUUUACCAGUUGUAAUUGUAGUUCCAGUUGUUUCUGCAACAAUUAUUGUCAUUCUCAGUUUAGUAGUUUAUACAAAAUAUAGAAGAGCAUUAAGAUUAAAACUUCAAUCAUUAAUGGAUCCUAAAACAAUUAAAAUGAAUGAUUUAAAUUAA